UACUCAUCUUCUUCAUCUUCGUCCUUCUUACUGCUUCUCGUCUUCUCUCGGACGACUGGAACGAGACCGUUUCGUCCGUCUUGUAACCUAAAGAACUGGGGAACAUCACUUCCCGGCGCUCUCGGAGCCUCCGCCAUCCCCAGCGACCCCCGCCCUCGCCCAUGGCUAAUCCCCCAGCUGCCGCUAACUCCACACCGGUCCCUCCUAACAAGCUCUUCGAUUUCUCUGCUGAUUCCCCCCCGAAAUUAUCCCUUGCCCGCCACCAGUACAUGUUCUGUUCCGAAGCCCUCAGAGCUCUCCGAGAGAGGAUCCACUCGCCUGAUCGGAUCUUGCAGGAGUUUGCUCAUUUGCAGGCUAACAGGAUAAAGCCAUCAAAGAUGAUUAAAAGCUGCACCGUGGCUCUUGCUGAUGUCAAUUUGAGCAAAAACCGCUACCGAGAUGUCAUUCCAUUUGACGAGAAUCGGGUUGUUCUUGACCCGUGUAAGGAUUACAGACCAGCUGCACAGGGUUAUAUUAAUGCAAGCUUUAUCUCGGCUUCUUCAAGUGAAGAGUGUUCUCACUUUAUAGCCACCCAAGGUCCAUUGCCGCACACCUAUGAGGACUUCUGGGAGAUGGUACUUCAGUACCGUUGUCCAGCAAUAGUGAUGAUUACUCGGUUGGUUGAUAACUACAUGCCGCAGAUAGUGAAAUGUGGAGAUUAUUUCCAAGCCGAAGAUGGUCCCAGAGACAUUGGUAACAUUUGUAUUGAGACCAAAUGGAUAAAGACUACGGAGACUUCACUGGUUUUACGGCACUUGGAGGUAAACUACAAGGAGGCAGAGCAGCCUCCAAUGUCUGUUUUGCACAUUCAGUAUCCUGAUUGGCCUGAUCAUGGAGUUCCAACAGAUACAGUCGCUGUUCGUGAAAUUUUCGAAAGAAUAUGUCACAUACCACCAAGGCUAGGUCCUAUAGUGGUGCAUUGCAGUGCAGGAAUAGGAAGGACUGGAACAUACUGCACCAUCCACAACACAAUACAAAGAAUCCUCAUCGGGGACAUGUCUGCUUUAGAUCUAGUUAAUACCAUAGCCACUUUCAGGUCUCAGAGAAUUGGGAUGGUCCAAACAAAGGAGCAAUACCGCUUCUGCUAUGACGCCAUCAUCGACGAACUGGAAAAUCUUAUCUCGGAGGGUGGCAGCAGAAAUUCCUCAAAGUGAUUGACCGAGUGUAGCACGUCUUGGAACAAACUCUGAAUAACGGUGAGCUUCUUAUGGCAUUUCUCCUGGUUGGGGACAGGGGGCGAAAUUAAAGUUAGGUAUAGCUCACUUGGCCGUUGAACAGCGGUGUCGCAUGUGGAAACCUUUUCGUUGCUGAUGCUUCCAAUCCUUGACCGAUCAAAGGCAAACGAUACAGAAAGUGAAGACUUCGAAUCCUGACAGAUGGGCCUCCGCACUUUUUAAUAGUAUAUGUUCGAGGUGAAGUGGAGUAUCUGACCUACUAGGUUUGUGCAAUGGCAUGCUUCUCGCCCUUUUCUACUCUUCCAUUAGUUAUAUAAUUCCAUCGCAUUGGACUCUUCUUCUGAUCUCUGAUUUAAUUAGGUUGAUUGGGGGCUUAUUCACUGAAGAGAUAAGACAUGGUGGCAUAUAUUAGUUAUUGUUUGUCUCCUGUAUCUGAUUUGCUUCCAAAUACAUACUUAUUGAACUGAAAAUGGUAUAUACUCAAAUUAACAAACAAUAUUGCACCCG